GGCGGAUGUCUCCGGCUGGUUGCAUCAGCAUUACGGGGACGCUGCUACAUGCCGGCGCGGGUUAGCGGACAGCUCAGAGCGGCGCAGUCCUGCAGUUUAUAGCGCUUUCCUUCAUUUUUCCUGUAUUUCUGUGCUGCUGCGAUGGGGGACGAGGCUGUGACCGAGCAGAUAAAGGAGCUGCACCUGAGCGAAGGGAAGCAGGGUGGAACUCCGGACAAGGCCGGCAAGGAUGGAGCGAAGAAGAAGAACAAAGGAGCUGCAGGCGAUGCUGCAGGCAAAACUGAGCUCAGUCCACCGCCUCAGUAUAUAGAAGAGCGUCUGGAUCUGUACAACAAGCUGAAAGCUGAGCAUGAUGCUUUGAUGUCCGAGAGGGCAGAGAAGGACAGCAAGCCCAUCAAGAUCACCCUGCCUGAUGGGAAAGUGGUGGACGGGGAGUCCUGGAAGACCACGCCUUACCAGGUCGCCUGUGGAAUCAGCCAAGGCCUCGCUGAUAACACUGUGAUCGCCAAAGUGAACAAUGCUGUGUGGGACCUGGACAGACCUUUAGAGGAGGACUGCAGUCUGCAGCUGCUGAAGUUUGAUGAUGAGGAGGCGCAAGCAGUCUACUGGCACUCCAGUGCCCACAUCAUGGGGGAGGCCAUGGAGAGAGUGUAUGGAGGCUGCCUCUGUUACGGACCCCCUAUUGAGAAUGGCUUUUACUAUGACAUGUUUCUGGAGAAUGAAGGUGUAUCGAGUAAUGACUUCCCCUGUCUGGAGAACCUGUGUAAGAAGAUCAUCAAGGAGAAGCAGCCCUUUGAGAGGCUGGAGAUAAAGAAGGAGACUCUGCUGGAAAUGUUCAAGUACAACAAGUUUAAGUGCAGGAUCCUGAAUGAGAAAGUUACCACCCCAACCACAACAGUGUACAGGUGUGGCCCCUUGAUUGACCUGUGCAGAGGGCCCCAUGUAAGACACACUGGAAAGAUCAAGGCCCUGAAGAUCCAUAAGAACUCCUCCACAUACUGGGAGGGAAAGGCAGAUAUGGAGAGCCUGCAGCGACUGUAUGGUAUCUCCUUCCCUGACCCGAAGAUGCUGAAGGAGUGGGAGAAGUUCCAAGAGGAGGCGAAGAACAGGGACCACCGCAAACUGGGACGGGAGCAGGACUUGUUUUUCUUCCAUGACCUCAGCCCUGGUAGCUGCUUCUUCCUCCCAAAGGGAGCGUACCUCUACAACACGCUGGUGGAGUUUAUACGGAGCGAGUACAGAAAGAGAGGCUUCCAGGAAGUGGUCACUCCGAACAUUUACAACAGCAAACUCUGGCAGACGUCCGGCCACUGGCAACACUACAGCGAGAACAUGUUCUCCUUUGAGGUGGAGAAGGAGAUCUUCGCCCUCAAACCCAUGAACUGCCCGGGUCACUGUCUGAUGUUCGACCAUCGGCCGCGCUCUUGGAGGGAGCUGCCUCUGCGACUAGCUGAUUUUGGUGUCCUGCACCGCAAUGAGCUUUCUGGAGCCCUGACCGGUCUGACCCGCGUCCGCCGCUUUCAGCAGGACGACGCCCACAUCUUCUGCACCAUGGACCAGAUUGAGUCAGAGAUAAAGGGCUGCCUGGACUUCCUGCGUACUGUGUAUGAUGUUUUUGGCUUCACCUUCAAACUGAACCUCUCCACAAGACCAGAGAAGUUCCUGGGGGAGCCUGAAGUGUGGGACCAGGCUGAGAAGCAACUGGAGAACAGUCUGAAUGAGUUUGGGGAAAAGUGGGUGUUGAACCCUGGGGAUGGUGCUUUCUAUGGACCAAAGAUUGACAUUCAGAUCAAGGAUGCUAUUGGGAGAUACCAUCAGUGUGCCACUAUUCAGCUGGACUUCCAGCUGCCCAUCAGAUUCAAUCUGUCCUACGUCAGUCAUGAUGGAGAUGAUAAGAAGCGGCCAGUGAUCAUACACAGAGCCAUCUUGGGAUCUGUCGAGAGAAUGAUCGCCAUUCUGACGGAAAACUAUGGUGGAAAAUGGCCUUUGUGGCUUUCCCCACGUCAGGUGAUGGUUGUGCCUGUUGGACCCACUUGUGAGGAAUAUGCACAGAGGGUACAAAAUGAGUUCCACAAUGCUGGCUUGAUGACAGACGUGGACUUGGACCCAGGCUGCACUCUGAAUAAGAAGAUCAGAAAUGCGCAAUUAGCUCAGUACAACUUUAUCUUGGUGGUGGGAGAGAAAGAGAAGAGCAGUGAUACGGUGAACGUCCGCACUCGAGACAACAAGGUCCACGGGGAGAGGAGUCUGACGGACUGCAUGGAGCGCCUGAGACAGCUGAAAGCUGCACGAACCCGCAAUGCCGAGGAGGAGUUCUGAGCCCCGCCCGGCUUUCUGACCGAGAGAAGUUCCGGAUCUCAGGGAUUGGUCAUUCCAUGCUGAGGCUGUGGGCAAAACCGCACUUCUUCUGGACACAUCUUGCUCUAAUGAGGCCUUGUCUCACAGGCUGGGGCUAAACAGCAGCUGUGACAGUUAUCUAGCUGCUCUCAUGAACUCAUGAACAAAUACUUAUAGGAUUACUGUUAUUCAUUCAUUAGCAAUGAAAGAGGAAAAAAAAAAACACACUGUUCAUGCAAUUUGAUCUGUAUUGAGACCUGCAAGCCCAGUUGGUAAAGCCGUCCCUGAGAAAACCACUGGUAACCUAAAUGCUUUAUUUCCCUUAUGGUAAUAUGAAAUAUUAGCACCCAAAUUGUACCAGGUACUAGGUACUUACUCUUUAUCUGCUUUUUCAUUUUUGUUUUAUGGAGCCAAAUGGAAAAAUUAAGUCAGUAGAAUCUUUUUCACGUAAAAUCCUCCAAAUAGGUGGUGAAAUGCCUUUUUUUGGUGGGGAAAAUCCUGGGAAAGUAUGUUAUUUGGUCAAAUUGCUGUAGUCAUGCUGUAGUUUGUAAUCAUUUGGAAAGGGACUUUUCACCUCUUGUCUCUUUUUCUACCAGAGUACGAUAUUGUAAGAUACCAGUCCUCCAUGUCUUAUGCAAAUAAAAUAAAUCUUAUUCUUCCAAUGUU